GCCCAAUGAGCCUGCAGGAGCAUUGGACUGCUCAUACUGCACUCACUUCAGUGCUGCCAUUUUCUUUCCUGUGGUAUCUUCCAGAGUUAAGGUUCUGUGCCCCACAUGUUGUGGGGUUGAAGGUCUUUAUUUGGGCUUACACCACUUCUCUGCCCCAUGGCUGCCCCUGCUCGGAAAUUCCUCGUGGGGUGGUGAUGCAGUGAGCAGCCCUGUGGUUGGGGUUAUGCAACUUCCUUACUGGUGAGGGGGAGGAUGGGCGUGAAGGAACAAUUAGUAUUUGUAAAGCACGUUGGAGAUAAGUGGAGCACCUAGAAAUGUGUCUUAUUUGACAGACAUUGAGGUGCUUAUUAAUGCCACUGCUGCAUGUUAAGAUCAGCUAGAAGAGAAAAUAAUAACUUCAUAAAUGAAAAAUGUAGGUGUUUACCCGAGUGCUCUGUGCUGGUAGUGAUGAAUCAGGCAGUAAGGUGAUCAUACUGCAGUUUCUUUGGGCUCCUUUUGCUUGCAUAAUUUUUAUGGGUUUGAGGUUUGUUAACUUCUUAAUACAACAAAGUAUCUGCUUUCUUGUGUUUUUAAACUGGUAUCAGAGAGUAAUUGAGGUUGGAGAAGCACUACCACCAUGCUUACAGGAGGUUCAAUUUGGUAAGGACAUUCAGGGUCUUGGCUUGAGUUUCUCUGAGGAUGGAAGCCCCAUAGCCUCUUUAGGGGAGGCAUAUCUUUCUGGAAGAAGGGAAAAAGCCUGAUGGAGCUGCGGUGUGAUGGGGACCAGCAAUGCCCAAGCCUGGAGCAGCAGAGCAGGCUGGGGAGAUUGCUGUGGAGAGCCUCUGGAAGCUGUCUGGCUCCAGACUGGAAUUCACAGUGCUGGGCUGCUAAGAGCCAGCAGCUCCCUCCCCGUGGGCUGCGUGCCCUUCCAGCCUGCUGGAGAUCAUGGCUGGGACAGGAGCAGCACGAGGCUCAGGAGAGGGUUGAGGUACAAGCUAGGUGGGUAUAUACGUGGCUGUGCACAUUCUCCUGCCUGAUCUCAGCUGUCUGCCCUGUCCCAGGAAGUAGGCAGAGGCUCAGCCCAGCACUCUGGGCAGCAGAAAGAACAAAACUGAUGAAGAUGUUCCAGGAAAGGAUCCAGAACAACUUGUGUCGUCUCAUGACGCAGAUGUGACUGCAAAAUGGAAAAGGUGCUCUUCCCUUCCCCUAUUAAAAGUAUUUUAGAAAUAAAGAAGAUCAAGACUG